AUGAACAACGAUGGCUUACUAGAUUAUCAUGAACUUAAAGUCGCCCUUAAGGCCCUUGGCUUUGAUUUGCCUAAGAGAGAGGUCUUGGAUAUCAUUCGGGAAUACGACACUGAUGAUAGAAACUUGAUUUCCUACGAGAAUUUCUUUCAUGCUGUGGGUGAACGUAUUGUGAACAGAGAUCCCAUGGAAGAGAUACGUAGAGCGUUCAAGCUAUUUGACGAAGACAAUACUGGAAAGAUAAGCUUCAGGAAUCUAAAGAAAGUAGCUAGGGAAUUGGGAGAGAACCUCACCGACGAAGAACUUCGGGCAAUGAUUGACGAGUUUGAUCUCGAUGAAGACGGAGAAAUCAAUGAACAAGAGUUCAUAAGUAUAUGCACAGAGUAA